UGCCAAAAAAUCGAAUCUCGGAUUCGGGCCAAACCGGUACGAUACAAUUUCGUAAUCUUCUGUACUCGUACCGGCAUCAGCACAUCUCAUCUUGCAGAAAAUCUACCGAUGUUUCGUGUUCGUGUUGAGCUAGAAACAGAACAACUUACAUACCGCCCAACAAACCAAUUUCCAACCAACCACCAACUAUCGGCGAACUAGAAACAUACAAUACAUCAAUUGCAACAACCACCAACCGACCGUUGCUUGUAAACUUUUGAAACAACGCACACAACAGGUUUCGGCGAGCGAGGAAAGGGAUUCAUCUAUCAUCAAGAACCAUACGAAAGAACGGUUGACAAAUCUUGCGCAAUCAUUUCAUUGAGAAAUCAUGGCUACGAAGAAACUUUUCCAUUAUCCGGACACACCCACGACGGUAACCACCGCGGCCUCACUCGAAGAAAGAUUCGACCGACCGAACGUUUAUGGCAACAUCAAAACCAUCGCCAUGCAUCAUCGCCUCGACAACACCGUCGACUUCACAUCGAAGUCGACUGCCACCAGCAACAGCAUCCUCGAAGAACAAGCCUCCGUGCCCUCGCUUCCCUCCAGGAAUGACAACAGAGACGAUGACAAUAAUGUCGAGAACGCGAACGCGAACGCAAACGCUCGUUCCUUUCGAAAGUCACAGGCGGCCCUCCAGAAGAGCUACCAGAAAAGGCGCGAGGCGUACAGAAAACUGCCGCUCAGCGUUCGCACCAACACCGGAAUCAACCUCAAGAAUCUCCAUCCGCUGGCGGUCCGAAACGGCGAGUUUUGCUAGGCGGGCGACCGAUGRGUGGGCGUUGCGUGCGCGACCGAUCCAAUCGUUGGCACCGUGUGUUCUCGCGUGAAUGCAUCCUGCCAGAGUGGCGUUUCUUUCGCCAUCGAACGACAGCGAUGCUUUUUUGUGCUUGGGGCAACCAGAGCAACCGAUAGAAGUUGGCAAUGAACUCUGGCAUGAUAAAUAUUCUUGUCCGUU